UACUACAGAACACCGGGUUCGGUGGUCAAAGUCCAUAGGGAUCAAUUUAUAUUAAGAGUGUUGCUUUUUAAGUUCCAAAAAAGUAAUUUAAUAAGUAAAAAUGUCGUUCUCUUUAAUAAGGAAUUUUGUGAAAACUCCAUCUGCUUUAGGUGCAACCCAGCAGUAUUUCUUAGGUUCUGUCCGAGACUUUUCAAUCACCCCUCAAAAAAAGGCCAAGAAAAAUGUAACAGAUAAAACUGGCAAAAAUGUAGUUUUAGUUGACGGUAUUCGAACACCUUUUUUGAUGUCUGGAACUGAUUAUUCUAAAUUGAUGCCCCAUGAUCUUGCUAGACUUGCUAUGAUGGGUAUUGCAAGGAAAACAGGUCUUCCAAAAGAUAUUAUUGAAUAUAUAAUUUAUGGAACUGUAAUUCAGGAAGUUAGAACUUCAAAUAUUGGAAGAGAUGCUGCUCUAACUGCAGGUUAUAGUGAUAAAAUUCCUGCCCAUACAGUUACAAUGGCAUGUAUCUCCUCCAACCAAGCCAUAACAACAGGUAUUGGCUUGAUUGCUGCUGGAGUUUAUGAAGUUAUUUUGGCUGGAGGUGUUGAAUUUAUGUCAGAUGUGCCAAUAAGACUAAACCGUAAAAUGAGGAGCCUGCUUUUAAGAGCCAACAAGGCAAAAACACCACUGCAAAAACUGCAGCUUUUAGCUACUUUGCGUCCCAAUUUCUUUAUUCCAGAGCUUCCAGCAGUUGCAGAAUUUUCUUCUGGUGAGACAAUGGGUCAUUCUGCGGAUAGGUUAGCUGCAAGUUUUAAUGCAACCCGCAAGGAACAAGAUGAUUAUGCACUUCGUUCUCAUACUUUAGCACAAGAAGCAUAUGAAAAGGGAUUUAUGACUGAUUUAAUUCCUGUUAAUAUUCCCGGCAAAGUUGAAACUAUUGAGAAAGAUAAUGGCAUUCGUGUGUCAUCUCCAGAAAAAUUGGCUAAACUGAAGCCAGCAUUUAUUAAGCCACAUGGUACAGUUACUGCUGCCAAUUCGUCGUUUUUGAGUGAUGGGGCUUCUGCUGCAAUAAUAAUGCCCGAAGCCAAAGCAAAAGCACUUGGAUUGAAACCCAAGGCUUAUUUAAGAGACUUCAUUUAUGUUUCUCAAGACCCAGUGGAUCAACUGCUUUUAGGGCCUACAUAUGCAACUCCUUUGGUUUUGCAAAAAGCUGGACUCAAUGUAAAAGAUAUUGACGUCUGGGAAAUCCACGAGGCGUUUGCCGGACAAAUGGUAGCCAACAUGAAAGCAAUGGAUAGUGAUUGGUUUGCAAAGAAUUAUUUAAAUAGAAACAGCAAAGUUGGAGCACCAGAAUUGAAAAAAAUUAAUGCAUGGGGAGGAUCUUUGUCCAUUGGUCAUCCAUUUGCUGCGACUGGUGUCAGACUUUGCAUGCAUGCAGCCAACAGGAUGGUAAGAGAAGAUGGAAAAUUCGCAUUAAUAACUGCUUGCGCUGCAGGUGGUCAGGGCGUUGGUAUGAUUUUGGAGAGACAUCCAGAUGCAACACCUAAUUAAACACUUUAUGUCCAAAUAAAGGUGCCUCAAAUUUUGUUAUUGUGGUAGAAGAUAUUUUAUCAUUUAUUUUAUACACUCAAUCUAAAUACACUUUUAUUUAUU